AUGGCCUCACGGCCCCCCAGCCCCAGCUGCUCCUCUCCCCCCAAGCCUGCAGAGGCACCUGUGAGGCCAGGUGGGAGCAGUGGAGCUGCCAGCCCUCGAUUCAAGAAAGGCUGGCAAGAGGCCACCUCACCAGGAUCUUCUCAGGCUAGGAGAGGACCUAAGAAAGCUGUAUCCCAGGGAGAGACAAGCUCUGAAAGGAACUGCAAAACUAAGGAAAACAGACCUCCCAGAAGGAAACUGUUGUAUGGGCUGACAAAUACACUGAGGCUACGGCUGCAGCAGACCAAUCCUGAUAAGCUGAUAAUUCAUGAAAGGAGAGAGCAGUACAGAAAAAAGCAAAUGGAGAUGCUGAAGGACAGAAGCCAUUUAUCCAAAAGAAAGCUGCUCAGAAAUGCUGGAGAACAGGAUGUGGUUUCCUACAGGCAUUGUAGCAAGGGAGACAGUUCAAAGCAGAAUAAUCAGUUUGAUAAAACUGUUGAGACUUCAUCACAAAACAGUGCUCUCGCAGAGUACGUUUCCAUGACAGGAGAUGUGUCCCCUGACCUGCAGAAGCAGGCUAUUGCAAGUCUAUUGAAGAAUGAUGAAAUUGCAAGCAAGGAAAGUCCAUGCAAAGGAACUACAGCCCCCUUACUGGAGGAAACUGUAUUAAAACCUGCUUGCAAGGAAACGUAUGUGAAAGCCCAACUCCCAGCAGCUUUCCCAUCAGAUGCUAAUGGAAAGGGAAGUAAUGAGGAAGCAAUACACUUAAUCCACCGUGAAACCACGGAGCAUGACGAUGCGUCUGUUUUAAGUGAUCAUAAACCAAGCCCCAGCAGGAGUGUUGAAAGCAACUCUGAAUUCAUAUACUCAGAUGACUUUGUUGCUAGUCCUGAGAACACAGUUUAUUCAGAAGAUUUCACCAGUGCUGAGUGUACGGGCAGAGACUCAGAAGCUCUAGACAGCAGUCCUGAACCUCUGUGGCUUGAAAGCCCAAAGCGAGGUUGGUCAGAUACAGAGCCGGAAUCCAGCAGGUCCAGAAUUUCAAAGACAAGUCAAAGAGCUGAAAGUACUUCAGAUCUUCUGCCAGUUCCUUCAGUUUCAUCUCCAGUCCAGUCUUUGAAGAGAAGCUGUGACUUAAAAAUCAGCAAGAGAACCAGUGGUGAAUCUGUUGAUACACUUAAUGAUGCUUCCAUUCGAGCAAGGUUAUUAGAUGAAGAGCAGGAAGUCCAACAGAUCAGUAAGGAAGAGAACAAGGAUGAUCGGUAUGUUAAACAAGUAUCUACACUGAGAAGCGAACAAGUUAGCUCUGAUGCUGAUCUGAAUAUAGGAAAGGGGCAGACCUCUGCAGGAAACAGCCAGUCAGUAACUCAGGUUAGCUCUUACUUGCCAUCUAACAUGGCUGAUCUUGAACUUAGUGUCCUGGAAAACAGUAUGUCGGACAAAGAGGAUGAUUUUCUGGGAAAACUAUGUGUUCCUAAUCAAUACAAAGACAUCAGUGAACUUGUAAUAAACAAACUUCCGGGAUACACAAUGUAA